AUGCAAGCAAAUGAAUAUAGUUUCUUCAUUAAACCUGCAACAAUAGAGGAUUUACCAAUAGUUUAUAAACAAAUUUUAGAAUUAGUAGAGUAUCAGAACUAUACUCCAAAGUAUAAAGAACCAAUUCAAAAUUUAGAAAAGUAUGCUUUUGGAAAAGAUAAGAUAAUCCACAUAUAUUGUGGGUGGUUAGUCCCUUUUGAUAAUCCUAAAGAGGGUGUAAUUGUAGGAUAUACGAUUCACUUUUUAAAUUUUUCAACUUUUUAUUUAAGACCUGGUAUAUAUUUAGAGGAUAUAUACGUAAAAGAUGAAUAUAGGGGCUGUGGCUAUGGGAAAAAGAUGUUAUUGAACCUAUGUAAAAUUGCCAAAGAAAAUAACUAUACCUACGUAGAGUUACAAGUUUUAGAAUCAAAUAAAUCAUCUAUUCAAUUUUAUGAAUUGCUAAAAGGUAAACCUGUAAAUGGUUGGAUCCAAUAUCGUUUAGAAAAUGAUGGUUUCGAAAAAUAUUUAAAAGAUAAUUAA